UUGUUCAUAGGUCAAUGGAAAGAGGUGUGUGAGAGACAGGAAGAUAUGCGGUGGCUGCAGAAUACAGCCAUCGACUAUUUGACUAGGAUACUUCUGUGACUGGGUUCAGGUGCUUUCCCAACUUUUUCUUCCAUGUGUGAUGUGGGCAUUUAGAACAAUGUCAAGACUGGAAGCUGUUUGUUGUUGAAUGGGCAGUAUAUAUUUACCUGUUAAGUGUUUUCUUUAAAAACGAACAACAACUUGUAGAGCUUUAGCAUCUUUACCUGCUUCAGACAAAAAAGAGAGAAGGCGGAAUACAAAACCAUGGUGAAGUUGGCAGCUGCCAUUUUGUGUGCAGGUUGUUUUCUCCUCACUGUUGCAGGUGACAAAGACUUUGACUUGGCAGAUGCUCUUGAUACAGUUACUACGAGACCAGCUCCAGCUACUAAAAAGCCACCAGCGGGUAACAAUCCCAGACCUAACCUGUACCCUGACUUAAGACCACAGCCAGGUAGCCAUGGGAAUGAUGGUAACAAUCCCAGACCUAACCUGUAUCCUGACUUAAGACCACAGCCAGGUAGCCAUGGAAAUGAUGGUAACAAUCCCAGACCUAACCUGUACCCUGAUUUAAGACCACACCCAGGUAGCCAUGGAAAUGAUGGUAACAAGCCCACACCUAAGCCGUAUCCUGACAUAAAACCCCAAGCAGGUGGGCAUGGAAAUGAUGUUUAUAUUAAUGACUUGGAUCUCAACGAUGGGAACCCUCCACAGCCAGCAGGGGAUAGCGAACAUUUUUCAGAUCAUGGUGGGAAUCUUGUGGAUUCUAGUACGACAGCUCAGAUUACAUCUCCCGUCGUGGCUGUAGUUCUGCUGCUAACUGUUGGGACAAUCGCUAGUUAUUCUGCAUACAAGAAAAAGCGAUACUGUUUUAAACCACGAGCUAACACAGUUGUGUAAACUGCCAACAAAUGAAAAGAGAAAUAUUGUCUUCCAGAAGAUCAUACAACCUCUAAAUGCCCUGUGUUAUAUUUCUAUAUACAUCCUCUUAUUGAGAAUUUGUGCAAUAUGACAUUUUACUUGGUGAAAACUGAAGAACCGUCUUUCAAACUUAGAGACCUUCUAAUCACACACAUCUACAACAGAGUUCAUUAAUAUAAAAUGUUUCUAAAAAGCAUGUGUGUGUGUGUGUGUGUGUGUGUUUAAGUGUGUUUCUCCUAAAUUUUAUGUUUAUGUAGAGGUGUGGAAUGUAGUUGCUAUAGUUGCCACUAAUGAACAGAAUCUCAAUAAAUCUUUGUAAUGGCAGUAUCUUAAAUACAUUGCAAGCAAUAACUUAUUUCAGCUCGACCAUUACUAAUUAUUUGCCUGAGACAAUUGUAUUAUGUAAUAUUUUACGCAACAGAUAUCCUGUUCAGAAAAUGUAGUCUGAAAACAGAACUCUGGGGGUGCGAAGAACUGCCUU